CCUCACAAAAUCAUUCUAAUUCUUAUUGUUAAGCUCUCUCUUUUUGCUCUCUCUCUCUCUCUCUCUCUCUUAUCCGUGCAAAGCUUUUGUGCUUAGAAAAAGAAGUGCCCAUUCAUAUCCUUAAUUAAUUGUCGUCACUUUUGAGUUAGCCAAUUAACAAGAGAGAGAAAGAAAGAAUGAGUUUGAGGUAUAAUGCUGGAUUGUUCUUCAUAGUCACUGUAGUCAUUAUGUGGGUCUCCUCUGCAGAGGUCACUCAGGGUAUUUUCAUGGACUAUGAGCACCCAUUCGCGGUAACAUUUAUUGGAACCUCACUUUUGGCAGUUUAUCUCCCAAUAGCGCUCAUAAAAGACUUGAUAUACAAAAUUUUGGGACACAUCUCCAGUAGUAGCAGCAACGAAAAUGAAGAAAUCAUGGACAAGAGCGUCGCACGACUAGACGUUCCCGGAAAAUGUAAAUCAGUAGUGAACAUUUUUGAGAUAGAACAAGGAACUUUGGGUACAAAAGACAGUGGCAAAGACUUUCGUACUUUGGAAGAGGGAAUGCUAUUAAUUGGGAAAGAUGUGGAAGCUCAUGAAGAGGGAAUGCUAUUAGUUUCGAAAUGCAAGGACCAAAUGGACACAUUGAAACAAGACAGACAACUCACUGCUUGCCAAAUUGCUGCAUUUGGCUUUUUCCUUGCCCCUAUCUGGUUCAUAUCAGAGUAUUUAGCUCACGCUGCGUUAGCGCGAACAAGUGUUACCACAACAACAGUGCUCUUCUCUACAACUGGAGCUUUCACACUUUUCAUUGGUACAUUCCUGGGACAAGACAGUGUAGAUAUAGUGAAAGUCAUUUCUGUUUGUUUCACCUUGACUGGUGUCGCAAUGACAACUUUAGGGAAGAGUUGGGCAACAGAUAAAUCAACAUCAAACAUAUCUGUAAAUUGGACGAAUUCUCUCGUGGGUUGUCUUUUUGGUCUUCUUUCAGCUAUGGCCGACGGACUAUUUACUGUGCUGCUCAAGAAGUUUGUUGAUGAAGAAGGUGAAAACGUUGAUAUGCAAAAGAUAUUUGGCUAUAUUGGGGUGUUCUCAUUUGUUGCCCUUUGGUGGCUUGUGUGGCCUCUAACUGCACUGGGUAUUGAACCAAAGUUUAAAUUCCCAAACGCUACUCAAUUAGAAGAAGUGAUGGCCAACAGUUUUUUUGGAAAUGUUCUCUCUGACUAUUUCUGGGCACUGGGUGUUGUGUGGACCACUCCACUGGUGGCGGCCAUAGGUCAGUCGCUCACGAUACCACUGGCCAUGUUAGCAGACAUGAUCAUCCAUAAACAGCAGUACUCGUUGGUAUAUAUUCUUGGCUCGUCUCAGGUAUUCCUAGGAUUUGUCAUAGCAAAUCUUUCGGAUUCGCUCUCACCAAAAUCCUUGUCCUGUUUUUGGAAUUCACUCACACAAAUUUUGCGAUCAAUUUUCAUACAAGAGGCCAUUCUUUCUGUGGCUCAAUGAUGAUGGUAGGUAGUAGCUAGGGAGGGACUAGUAGUGCAUAUGGUUUUUUGAUUUAAUUAUUUAUAUAUAUAUAUAUAGGCAGGCAUUGGGAUACAUCGAGAUGUUAUUUAUGUAGAAAACAGAGUGGCAGGGCUGUGAGUUGUGGCUUCAUCCAUAUCCCAUUGAUUUUGCACUAGAUUUAAAUACAUGCAUCUAUUUUUCAUUUGAGUACUGCUUAAAUUUGUGCCAUUUUUCAAAUGCAUUACGUAAGCAAUCAGAUGAACUAUUUAUGGAUUAAACAACUACUUCAUGAGAUGAUUCCAAAGGAAAACCAAUUAGUCCAGUGGCUUCCCUCCGUCCAGAUUUUCAAAUCGUAUUAUUUUCAUCAUGUCCUGUUUCUAUCAAGGAAACCCAAUACCAAAGACUAUACCGUCCAUAUGAACAAAAACAUGGAGAAAAGAGAAAAAGUAAAAUGACUCUAGAAUGCAACACACACUCAGUAACCAAAAACAUGUCAUAUUAUUUACAUCAUAGAAUCACACACCAAUAUUUGGUACCCUUUUGCCACACCUUCAAACUCUACACAUUACACAAUUGUCUGAUAAGAUCU